GGCUGUAGCGAUCAUGUCGGUCCGUAUCCAGCGACGUGCCAUCAAUACUAUCCGGGAACGGGAGCCGGAUCGCGACUUCAACAACAUGCAGACCAACUUCGAGAGACUGUGGAGCGAUUCUUUCACAGAUGAACUCCACCGACGCGCGCUGCCGACGCCGGACUAUAUCCCGCCGUUGAGGAGAGCAAUGCCCGACACGAACUCAGUUCCUCGGUACCUUCAAAGCACAUAUUCUGCCCGGAAAAAGAUGCUCGAAGUUCCACCCUUAGUUCGAGCGCAACCGACAGUCUUCACCAAUAAGACGAACACAUUGAACGCGGCAACCGCUUCCUACAGCAAUGGCCGACCCAAAUCCCGAUCGCCGAUUGAAGAUCUCUACGCGACAGACGCGCGGCGAGCUCUAGUUACCUGUGCCACAGCGAGUAGUGCCGCCAAACAGAAGCCACCCGUCCACCUUCGCAGCGGACAAAUGUAUUCGCAAUCGACUUCGAACAUACAGAGAUCGUCCACUAAGAAGAGCAAGUCGGGCUCGCAAGCUCGCAGCUCUUUGAAGCCUGCUACGUCGGAUACCGAGCUCUCUCGCAGGAGCUCCUCUCCUUCGUACAGCUCGUACUUCAGAGAAACGUCCACAGCUUAUCCAGAAUACAAUGGCUAUGCGUCGAAAUCAUACACCUCGAGCAUCAUGCGCCAGAAUUUACAACCUGUCACACUGAGUCCUCGCCUCGCGCGGAGGAGUCUCACCGCGCUGAACAGACUGACGCAAAUCGCAAACGAGGGUCGUAAGAAGCUCGAGGCGAGCUCACCUGCGAAAUCAAGUUCCACUCUGAGGAGGAACGGGACUUUCACGAAAGACGAAGAUCAUUCUUCCCGCCACGUGAUCCGAAGGAGCACCACUUCGACAUCUACCCGCCAGAGACCGGUAUCCAUAGCGGCAACCGGUCUUUGGAGGAGCUCGUACACCAAGUGAUGCUGAGUAGCGGACGGUAAAACAAUGGAAUCAAUCGUCCGUGACAGUCGGCACCCCUUCCCCCUGCUGAAGCCUAUGUCGGCUGCUGAUACACAUCUAACCGUAUUUACAUCGUACCUUACUCUAGAAGAUAAGCAAUCUGAUAUCCGAGGGGAGCACCGUAUAACCUGAAUAAAAAAUCGCUGUUCAUGACACGCUAGUUCGGUUUCCGGCUCGUCAAGCAACUCGAGAUCGUUGCGGCAUAGGUAAUCAUUGAAACAUCCAGAUGAGACGCAAUAUCAGGCUCGGGAUCCGCAAGCUUCCCGCAUCAAUCCGACGAAUAUUCAUACUCAACGCAUCCAGCUCUCCUGCGGCCACCCGCAACGAAAAGCCACCGAUUCGGACGACGGCUCGACACCCCGCCACCCGAGAUAAUCUCCGAGAGGCAACAAACGCAGUCGAUUCACCUUGUACAUCGGAUCAGCUUUCGAGAUCAUUCCGACAUCGAUAUAGCGUCGCUCGGAGGCGAAGCCAUACAUACAUAUACAUAUGCAUGUCGAUGUACGGAGAACAGCGGUAAUCCACGAAGGACGGAGAUAUUCAUCUUUCGAAUCUCAUAGAGUACGAAACAUGGAAUAAAGCAUGAUU